AUGUGUCUGCUGCUGGUGACCUGCUGGAGCUCCAAAUGGAGAGGUGGGUUCACAUGGGACGGUUCUGCUCUGCACUUCAACUGGCAUCCUGUUCUCAUGGCGUCUGGAUCCGUUUUUCUGUAUGGCAAUGCUGUUGUUGUGUACCAGGUCCCGUUCACCUGGAAGCAGAGGAAGUGCAUCUGGAAACUGGUGCAUGCUGGACUGAUGCUGUUGGCUUUGCUCCUGUCUAUCCUGGGCCUUUGUGCUGUGUUUGAUUCCCACAGAGGACUCAAAAUUCGUGACCUGUCCUCUAUACACAGCUGGGUGGCCAUCAGUGCUGUGAUAAUGUUUGCAUUUCAGUGGAUUUCAGGUCUUGCUGGUUUCUUGUUCUCUUGCUCUCCCCUGUGGAUCCGUAACACCCUGAAACCUGUUCAUGUCUGGAUGGGAAAAGCAAUCGUCCUCAGUCUGACCUCGUACAUCAGUGACAUCAAUGAGAAACUGCUUCUUUCCCUUAACAUCAACAGUGGUGAACCUUAUAACCCCCUGCCUGUGGAAGUGGUGUUUGCACAUUUCCUGAGCAUCCUCAUUGUGACCUUUGGUUCGGUCAUUUUUGGAAUCCUGUCCAUAAACAAAUAG